ACUUCAGUAUCAAAAUUUCAUUUGUAUUAGAACAAACAUUUCAAAUUCGGCAAACAUUACAAAAUAAAAAAAAUAAAAAAUUCAAAAUUUACUGUAUUGUGUUAACCAAUUUGAUUAUAAUGCCGCUUCGUCUUACGACCAUUGCUCUUCUAAAACGCACUCCUUUAUUACUCGUGCAAAAGUUAAAAGCAGCUCCGCCAACACGCACUCUACUUUUAAGAAGGAAUCUGGUACCGUUUUUAGAUGAUGAUUCUUGUGUUUUCUCAAAUAAGGCCAUCAUCCGCCAUGGGGGGAGCCAGUGCAACCAAAAAGAAGCGUUUACCUUGAGCAACAAGAACGUAAUUUUCGUAGCCGGUCUGGGAGGCAUUGGUCUGGACACCAGCAAGGAGCUGGUCAAGCGGGACCUGAAGAACCUGGUGAUCCUCGACCGCAUUAAGAACCCGGCUGCCAUCGCCGAGCUGAAGAAAAUAAAUCCAAAGGUGGCUGUCACCUUCUACCCCUACGAUGUGACCGUUCCCAUUGCCGAGACCACCGAGCUGCUGAAGUGCAUCUUCUCCCGGCUGAAGACCAUCGAUGUCCUGAUCAACGGAGCUGGCAUCCUGGACGAUCACCAGAUCGAGGCCACCAUCGCCGUCAACUACACCGGCUUGGUGAACACCACGACGGCCAUCAUGGAAUUCUGGGACAAGCGCAAGUGUGGACCCGGUGGUAUCAUCUGCAACAUUGGAUCCGUGACUGGAUUCAACGCUAUCUACCAGGUGCCCGUUUACUCCGGCACCAAGGCUGCCGUGGUCAACUUCACCAGCUCCCUGGCAAAACUGGCCCCCAUCACCGGCGUGACCGCUUACACCGUGAACCCCGGCAUCACCCGCACCACACUGGUGCAGAAGUUCAACUCCUGGCUGGACGUUGAGCCCCAGGUGGCCAAGAAGCUCCUGGCUCACCCCACCCAGCCCCCGUUGGCCUGCGCCGAGAACUUUGUGAAGGCCAUCGAGCUGAACCAGAACGGUGCCCUCUGGAAACUGGACUUGGGCACACUGGAGGCCAUCAAGUGGACCAAGCACUGGGAUUCCGGCAUCUAAAGAAGUGAUACUCCCAAGAAUCUGGAAACUGGACUUGGGCCCUUGGUGGCCAUCCAGUGGUCCAAGCACUGGGACUCCGGCAUCUAAGGAUGUGAUACUCCCAUGAAACACCACACAUAUUCUUGGUUUCAAUGGGUGAAGUAUUUGCCGAAUGCAAAAUCAAAUGCAAAUAAUUACAAAAUAAUAUUCAAUAUGCUACAGUAGAGUAAUGUUAACUGGUUCAUAAGCUGUUUGGAUGGUUAUGCAAAUAAAAGAUUCUUGGUGAUUCGGAAAUAAAGUAAAAGAUCUAAAA